AGCGCCACACAAGCGCACAUGUCGCGAGAAAAUAUGUCUGUGGGAAUGUCACAUUUUUAUUGUCUUUAGAUUUAAAAAGCGCAUUCGAGUUACGCGUAAAAAAUUAGAAUCUUUUAUUUAAUGCCUCAUAGAUCCGACUAUUGCUGUAUAUCUGCUCACGUGUAUGAUAAUGGCACUGAAGACUGAUGCUCAUUCGGUCAGCUCAUUUCAACCCAUCAUGGACUGUUACCUGUCAGCACAGUGUCCUGAAAAGGCAUCUGAAUCUCACAGGCAUAGAGGACAUCACAGAUCCAACAGAAAGGGACAGAUGGUCAUGACUCUAGCUGAUGCUGUGGAUCCUGAUCAAGUACUUAAGAGCAAAUGGAAAGCUCUUCUAGAUCAGAAGAAAGGAACUGCUAAAAUAUUGACCAGAUCAACUCUCACACAUGAUGACACAUUCAUGAAAUCUCUACCUAAAACACGUCACUACCUGGUUGUUGCACUGCAGAGACAGCUGACCCGACUGGGGUUUCUCCAGAGUCACCGCGAGCAGGAGGUGUUCAGGGUCUGGCUGGAGCAGCACAGGAGCAUAUGUCACCUAGAGGAACAACUACAGGCCAUGAAGCUCAGCGGCACUUAUGUGACUCUUGAAGAUUUACUGAAACACAACGGCAGAAGAACUUUACCUAAACUUCACAUCUCACCUGAAGAAACCACAUCACAACAGGAUCAUAUGCCAGCGUCACUGAAAGGGAGGGGAGGGGGUGCCAAUGCUUGCCAGCUGCAUGGCAAACAGACCCGGGGACAGGACGAUACUGAGCUCAUGUUUCCAGAAGUCUUUCUCCGGGAGUUCAAAGUGCCUAAAUUUUCAGCUCUGCAGUCGACCUCACUGGAAGUGUUAAGCACCAGCAUGCCUCUUCUGAGAAGCGAUGAGCCAACGAUAAAGCCAAGAAACAUUGAAAUUACCCGACACAAACUGAGACUAAUGCACAACCUGUCACUCUCUCACAUGGCUGAAACACAAAGAAUAAUGGCCAAGAAUGGCUUCAGUCUGCAGGGCAUAGAUGGAUUCAUCCUCAAUGAAUUGAUGGAGUAUGAAUGUCCUCACUUCGUCCAAAUUCAUAAGUCCAAAUGUCCUGCAGAGUCAGACCUCACACGUCGGUCUCUAGCCACGACUGAGAGACCAGAAUCCCAUACUGAGAAUCCCAAUAUACAGAUAAGUAUUUGUAGUCUGCCGUUUGCUGAGAAAGGGGCAGAAGACUUAUCCUCCAGUUCUGAAGCUGCUCAUUCAUCAGAUACAGACGUCCCGCUGUGCAUACAGGAACUCUGUUCUAGUCUUGCUACGGAGGUGCAUAUCUCUGAAGAGAAGAUGUGGACAAAUUAUGCAGAACUCUGAUGUCCUGUAUAAUGCACUUCAGUUUGACAUAUUAAUUUUACCCCUAUAAGGAGACAUACAAUAGACAUUAGAACAAUCCACAGCAUGUAUUCAUUUUAGUUCAUUUUAAUUUCAGCAUUUACUAAUACAUUAGUUUAUGCACCACGAAUUUACACGAAUCAUUGUAUUAGCACUAACUAACAUUAAGAAAAAUUAAUAAAUGCUGAAAACUAUUGUUCAUUGUUAGUUCUUAUUAGUUAAUGUAUUUUUUAUGUUAAUGCAAACAGCCUACAACAUUAUUGUAAAGUUUUGUCUUGUUUAUUUCAUUUAGUUGCAAGUAUGUGCUUAAAGUAGCCUUUUAUUUGUCAAAUAAUUUGU